AUGGCAUCAACAACGACAAAUAAUAAUUCAACUUCACCAUCUUCACAAGCUGGUCAAUUUUCUUUUACUGGUUCGAAACCAGGAUCAGCAUUAGCUUCACUUGCAAAGGCUACAGAACCAAAUAGUUCAACUUCAAAUCAACAACAAGCAUCAGUUGCUACUUUUCCACAAAGAUUAUCAGGGGGAUCAUCAACAGCUAAUACAGGAUCUCCAAUUGGUGCAUCGUUCGCAUCAACACAGCCAUCUGGUUCGACAACAUCAUUUUCAUUUAACAAUGCAGCAGCAGCAACAAAUGGUUCAAAUAUGUCUUUUCCCACUCAACCAUCAGGAGAUGCUCCACGAUUUUCUUUUAAUAGUGCUGUAUCAGGAGAUGCUCCACGAUUUUCGUUUAACAAUGCUGUAUCAGGAGAUGGACCACGAUUUUCUUUUAACAGUGCUCUAUCAGGAAACCCUCCAGACUUUUCUUUUAAUAAUACAUUAUCCACAAAUCCUUCAGCUCCUAACUUUAAUCAAUCCAAAAAUAAUUCAGAAAUUCAACAACCAUUAUCCUCAUAUACAUUUACACCAUCAACACAAAAACAAGAUGCACCCAAUAAUAAUCAACAAUUUUCAUUACCAACCAAUAAUCCAAAACCAGUAUCAUCAACACAUGAAACAAUACCGAAUAAUAUGUCGAGUGGUCCAAAAACUUCAUCAAGUCCUACAACACCUAUUGCUCAACAACCAAGUUUAUCGAAUCAAGAACAAGAAGAAAAUGAUACUCCUGCUUCAUUAGCUGAAUGUUCGUUAAUCUCAAAAAUGGUUAAUAAAACAUUACGAGAUCCAACUAACGUUGUUAUUGAUCGAAGUGAUCCAUUAUCGCCAUUAUAUUCGACUAAAACUUUUGAACAACUUAAUCUUAAUCCUGAUUUAUUAAAAGGUAUUUACAGUAUGAAUUUUCGUGCUCCAAGUAAAAUUCAAGAAAUUACUUUACCUCAUUUACUGAACGAUCCACCAAAAAAUAUUAUAGCACAGUCCCAAUCUGGUACAGGCAAAACAGCUGCUUUUUCCAUUGCAACUAUAUCACGUAUUGAUCCAUCUAUAAAAUCACCACAAGCUCUUAUUCUUGCACCAACAUUUGAAUUAGCUUUACAAAUCGGUUCAGUUAUAGAGAACAUAGCUAAAUUCUUACCAUAUAUUCAAAUUGCAUAUGCUGUACGUGAUCAAGCAAUAUCAAAAAGAGCUGAACGUGUCCGUGGUCAACUUUUACGCGAACCAAUUGUUGUUGGUACACCUGGAACAGUCGAAGAUUGGUGUAAAAGAAUAAAAGUUAUUGAUUUACAACAAUUAAAUGUGUUUGUUGUUGAUGAAGCUGAUGUUAUGAUAGCAACUCAAGGUUUUCAAGACAAUUGUAGUAAUCUUGUUAAAAAUCUUAAUAUUUCCCAUUGUCAAUUGAUGUUAUUUUCGGCAACGUAUUCAGAUGAAGUAAUGAAUUUUGCACGUGAAAUUGUUCCAGCACCAGUUGUGUUAAGAUUAAAACGUGAAAAACAAACAUUGAAUAAUAUAUAUCAAUAUUAUAUAUGUUGCUAUGAUUUACAACAAAAAUAUCAAGCUAUUGAACAAAUUUAUACUGAAUUAACUGUUGGACAAGCAAUGAUUUUUUGCCGAAAAAAAAGAACAGCAGAUGAAUUAGCAACUCAAAUGUCAAAUCAAAAUCAUUCAGUGGGAUUAUUAACAGGAGAUUUGACUAUGGAACAACGUGCAGCUAUAGUUCAAAAAUUUCGUGAAGGCCAAUUUCGUGUAUUAGUAUCAACAAAUGUGACUGCUCGUGGUAUUGAUAUUGAAGAUGUUUCAUUAGUUAUUAAUUAUGAUGUACCUACGACCGUCACUGGUGAUCCAGACUAUGAAACAUAUCUUCAUCGAAUUGGCCGCUGUGGUCGAUUCGGUAAAAUAGGUUAUACAUUUAAUUUGAUUGGCUCAGAAAAAGAACAUGGCAUUCUAAGAGCCAUUGAGAAGUAUUUCUCUCGUAACAUUCAAGAAAUUACUAUUGAAGAUAUUGGUAAACUCGAAGCAGAUCAAGAAUAA